CUUGGCGUUGUUAGUAGCAACAGAAAAAUGGAACAUGACAGCCAGUUUUAACGGAACAAACAAACUAACAAAAAUAGCGUAGUUUUUCAGUCAUCCAUGUCUAAAUAUGAGAAAGAAAAUUCUGCCAAUAAUAUGGCGUCCUCUCAACGAACUCCAAGGGAUCUUAAAAAGAUGAUUAUACACAGCAAAGAGGAAAUAGAUGAAGUUCAGCAUGCUUUGGAUAAGCUACGUGCACUUUCCCAGGAUAACCAGACAGAAAAUGCACUUCUGCGAUCCAGAAUAGACGAGCAGGCCCAUCUGAUCUGCAUUUUGAAGCAGAGGGCCGACGAGAUGGUUCUGCGAUGCCAGGCACUUGAAAAACUUAACACAGAGCUGGAGAACAUGAGCGAGGAUGUGCAAUGUGAACUGAAAACCGAAAGACAUCGAGCCACACAGCUUGAGAACAGGUUCAUGGAUUUGGCAGCCAACCACCAACAGAUAAUCAAAUUCAAAGAUGAGUACAAAAUGCAGAAUGCAGAACUGAAAGAGGAGAAUGAAAGGCUCAGGAAUGAGAACGAGAACCAUUUCUGUGAAGUACUUCAGCAGAAGGAGAAGAGAAUUGUUGAGCUCACAGGAGAAGUGAAGAGAAUGACAGAGCAAUAUAAGGACUUAGAGUUGGAAUAUAAACAAAAGUCAAAUGAAUUCAAGGCCAAAGUGGAGGAAAUUAAUGAAAAUCACCAAAUUAAGGAAUCUGCUCUUCUGAGUAAAUUAGAAAUUCUUCAGAAACAGUUAAAGGAUGCUACAGAAAGUUGUAGUGAAUUAGAUUUAAUGCUCAAACAAGCAACUGAAAAGGACAUCUUAAAGGAAUCACAACUCCAGCUUAAGUUGCAGUCUUUAAUCAGAGAGAAAGAUGAACUCUUGGAGCUUUCAAUGCAAAGAGGGAAAAUUAUACAGGAUAAGCAGAAGGAAAUUCAGCAACUAGAGGAAAAAAGAGAAAUCGCAGAAAAGGCUACAGCUGCAGAAAAACGGUUUGAGCAAGAAGUAUCUACAGUAAAUUUAAAUUUAAGAGUGAAAGAACUCCAACACUGCCUUGAUGAAUCAAAACAGAUGUAUAAUGAACUCAAGAAGGAAUUUGAAGUCUUCAAGAAACAUAGCUGUGAUCUUCUUGCAAAAGAAAAGGAGCUGAAUGCCAAACUACGCCAUGUUAUUGGUUGAUGCUACAGUACCCUAUCUAUAAAUGUAUGAAAGUUGCAUCAAAUUCAUGUUGUACUUGAUAACACCUUGUAGUUAAACUACUAAGACACUUUGUAGUAAUUUAUACCCUAUUCAUACUACCUAUAUAAAAUUACACACCCGCGUUGAUUGUAAAUGAAGUGAGUGACAAUCACAUGGUUUAUAGCACAACAUUUAGAUAGUGUUGAAAGUUUGACAAAUGUUCUAUUGAUGGAAACAUCUCCCUAAAUUGCUAAUAAAUUUAGUACACAUGUAUUUUAUUAGUGUUAAGUUGUGGAUGUAUAAUUGAACUUCACAAAACACAACUUCCCAUAAACAUAAGAUGACUGUUAGAGACUAACAAACAAAUACUUGUGAAUUAAUUAGGGUGCCAACUGCAGUUGUCUUGCUAUUAAAGCAAUUUGCAUUUAUUCAAGAACAGAGUGAUCUUUUCAGGGAUCCAAAGAUUCAGGCAAAAUUUCUAUACUUCCAAUCAGCAGGGGUGUUUAAAUACUUGAAAAAAAAAAAGUUAGUGUUGAGAUGUAGCAUUAAAUACAUUUUGUAUAACCUU